AUGUCAUCAUUUUGGAUUAACGACGAGGACAAGGGAAUUAGCACCAAAUACUGGAUAUAUCUUGAAGGAGUCUCGCUCGACUUUGAUUCCAGUUGGACCCCGGAGUCAGAGGUCCGGAUUUACAAGCGAAGCACAAGAUAUGAGGUGGAAGAUCUCUGCCUGCGCAUGCAUGAUUGCCCAAGAUCCCUGGUGUGGAAACCUUCUAUCAGUCGGCAUAGGUUUUUCGCUCAGAACGACGUGAUGGUGGAGUACAAAGGGCACGACGGUGGCCUAACAUGGACCGGCGUUAUCGCUGGAUGGAAGCAGGUUGUGGACCUUGCAGGAGGGGCCAUAUAUCAGGGCGGUAUUGCACACUUGCAGAUCGGACGGCAGUUGGGGCUUGGGACAAGCACAGUGAAUUUGAUUGUUCGCAGGACCUUUCAUUAUGACAGAGGUGAAUGUUUCAAACUGAGCGUUGUCAUGGAAUAUAUCAAUCGCGAUGAGUGGAGUUGUAUCCUUGAAUAUCAACAACGUUGCUCUGAAAUGUACUGCAAUGACAGUAUUGCUGAGGCCCCUCUUGGAUGGCGAGGGAACGAACGCAUCAUCGAAGAAAUGCCCAAAUCCCGCUACCAAAAAGAUCAAAAGGAUGUCGCCGACGUCCUCAGACACAUCGCCCAUGAAUCCAUGCCUCUCGUCCUCAAAUAUCGACAUGGUAUGCACCUCGUGAGCUACAAUGAGCACGUUGCGCUCUCCCACAUGUUCGGGUGA